AUGGAGUUGAUCCAAUCGGCAUCAUUUUACCAGAUUUCAUCUCUAGCCGCAGACCUCAGAACGAAGAUGAUAGUAUCAAAUGUGCGUGUCAUUGAGCACAUGGGGAAGGUUAUCGCAAAGGAAUUGAUUCGUAACGCUUUGGUACUUGACGCACGCACCUGAGCACAGUGGAAUCAGAUCCACUGAAGUUGGGAAAUACCGGUACCCAAUAUAGGAAUUUGCAGUCUAUACUAGAGAGGGGCCUUCUCCCCGCUGGUUCAAGAGGCAUCACGCCGGUAAAAGGUCAUUUUAAACUCGGCGAAAAGGUCUUCGGUGUCCAGAACUGGGCAGCUGCAAUUUUUGUCUCCCCGAGCAUCCUUUACGCAUCACAUUAUUCGCAGAGAGUCUUUUCAGAAGGCCAACUGUGGUGUGUCCUAGUCAAGGCUUACUGUAGGGGAGGAAGUAUGAAAUCGUACGACCCAACCCUUCUUAUAUACAGAAGUAAGGACGAUGAACCAGAAAAACCAGAAUAUCGUGUACUUGUUGAUGAAGAGGACAAAAACGUCAUUUCGCGCGUUGAAUCUGCGCGUAAUGUGGUUGUGCAUUCUGUGAUGUUUGUCCGUGUCAGCUUUCUA